AACGGCACGGGCGCGGUUCCGGGGUGCGGGGGCAAACUGAGCCAAAGCAUAACAUCAGAGAAGCCCGGGUCUUGGGGACAUGAGGGAAUUUUGACCCGCCCUUUGGAGCGAAGGAUCAUGUAAGAACAAAAGACAAACGGAACACACACAGAAACCCCCCUUCUCUACUGAAACAGCUAUUAGGUGUAGCGUUCCAGCUUUGAAGUCCCUAAUAUAUGUUGGCUCAUGAAAAUGGAUUAAGAAGAUGUAGAAUCAUUUUGAAUAACAGACUUUCCCAAGACCUUUAUGUGCAGGAGAGCACAUACAUUUCCCAAAAUGGUAUACCCUUCAUGGAAACAAAUACCAGGAAAAAGAAUGUGAACAAAACUUGUAGUGCUCUGUCAGGUCCUGGAGAAGCCCCUAGUAGUAUCUCUAGUACCUUGCCCUCAGAGCAUCAUCUGGCACCAUCUAACGUGCAGAUCCUCCCAGAAAUUUUCCCAAAGUAGUACAUCUAGAAGCUGGACCCCAGUAAAGGUGACCAGGCACUGGAUUAGCAUCAACACUGUCAGAUUUUUCAAACAUGUCUCAAACGCCCUUCCCACCAAGGAGACCUGGCUUGAAGGUAUGCUAUAUCUGUGGCAGAGAAUUUGGAUCACAGUCUAUUUCUAUACAUGAAUCCCAGUGCCUAAAGAAGUGGCAUAUUGAAAACAAUCAACUACCAAAGCACCUUAGAAGACCAGAGCCCAGGAAACCUGAGGUCCUUCCUGGUGGUUCCUAUACACUUACAGAUGAAAAUGAGGCGGCUUAUCAGAGUGCUCAAGCUCAGCUCGUGCCCUGUGGAAACUGUGGCAGAACCUUUUUUCCUGAGCGUCUUCCUGUGCAUGAAAGGUGUUGCAGAGGAGGUAGCAGCGCUCAUAAAUCCGGUAAAGGACCAAGAUCUGGAGCUGGCUCAGAAAGAUAUGAUCAAUCUGAGAACCAUCAAGGAAUGAGUGGGGCUGCAUCAACUGCACAGGCAAAAGUGAUAAAACGACCACCAACAGUGAUUUGUUACAUAUGUGGUCGUGAGUAUGGAACAAAAUCUAUUAGUAUUCAUGAACCACAAUGCCUGAAAAAAUGGCACCAGGAGAAUGACAACCUACCCAAGCACUUGAGAAGGCCAGAACCUAAAAAGCCUGAAGUCAGAAUUGUGCAAGCCAAAGGUUUCUAUGAUCUUGAUUCUUUAAAUGAGGCAGCCUGGAGCAGCGCCCAGACCCAGCUAGUUCCAUGUGAUAUUUGUGGGCGUACUUUUCUUCCAGACAGACUGAUCGUCCACCAGAGGUCCUGUAAACCAAAACCUGCAAAGUGAAGUGGAUGUAACACACAUACAUACAAAUACACGCCUGCUAACACACGAACACACAUGUUUAUCCCAAGCUCAAUAAAAUGUGUGUGUGUCUGUGUGUGUGUGUGUGUGUGUGUGUGUGAAGGCACACACAUGCACCCAUACCUUUCAGACAAACCAUCAGAGAAAUAAAAUUCAGCUGAGAGGCACGGCCAUCAAAA